AUGUCCGCCGGUGCUACCACGAAAAUGCAAGCGAGUUGGACUGCAGCACCUACGUCCGCCCAAAUAUACCGUUUUACUAUAAAUGCCAAUGCAUCCUGUCCAUACUCUACCGACCUAUGCGCGUACAACGGCCACUCCGCUAUGCAGAUGGACACGGAACUCCUUGAUACCCUUGAGGACUUUGGCAUCAACGCACCCCCACAAAACCGAAUCAAGUAUCGGCGAGUUACUACGUGUGCCCCGGUAAAGCAUGGGUCCGGCCUGGGGGUGGAUCAGAAUGACUCAACAUGGGGACAAGUCGUGUACAUCCAGGGAGUAGAUGAAUCUGCCAGAUUGGCAAUAGCGUAG